CAGCACAGCCAUUGUUAGUCGCUCUGGAUUGGGCGUCUAAUCUGAAGUAUGUUCUACGUCUAUUAGGAAGAGAGUUUAACAAGAAGAAUAUAUGACAUCAAAUCACUAAAACAAAUUUCCCAUAGUACAAAAGGAUCCAAAGGACUGUGGAUGACUGGAAGGGCAAUUCAUGUUAUUUCCGAACGGAAGGUUUCAAAGGCGAGGUUGAAAGUGUUGACAGUGAUCUAUGAAAAAACAAAUCCCCCGGAAGGAACUUACUGUAGAAAACAAGUCUCUACAAUAGACAUAUUUUCCCAUAAUACAAAGGUAACUUCCGGACCUGGAUUCCAACACUCAGUGCUAAAUUACACAAGGAAUUCGAACUGUUUGUCAUUCUCUAAUGCACAUUCGAAAAUAUGCCAUUCAGUAUAGACGAAAUCGAGGAACUGGAGGAUCUUUUCGAAAUAAUGAAAUCGUUUAAUCUUAGCGCAAAAGGAUUAAAGGGAGCGGACGACAUCAAGGUCAAACUAAAGGAGCAUUUGGCAGCUCUAGAGGGAUCUUCCCAACGGGAAGCUGGGCAUACGUUUCAAGUUUUAUCGGAAGCUUGCAAGUUGGACAAAAGAAAACGUGAUAAGCUGUGUAGCCUAUACCAAAAGACAACAGAAUUCUUUAGUGAGUUAAAAGAAGACGUCAUCGUAAAAAACCUGGAAGAAAGCUUGGGAGACUUUAGAACAACCUUGAAGAAAAGUGCUGAAAAUAUCAGGCUGAAGGAUCACUAUGUAGUUCUUGUUGCAGGUGAAACCAGUGCAGGAAAAAGUAGCAUUAUCAACCUCAUUCUUGGAGAGGAACUUCUUCCCUAUUCAAUUCUUAGUACAACAUCUACCAUAUGUGAGCUGAGAUAUGGCGAGAAACCUUCCAUUCGCGUGCACUUCAAGGGAGGAAGCGACUAUACACAGGUGCCCAUUUACCAGGAGUUUGAAAAUUCCUCGGAGGAUUUAACAAAAGAGAUUGGAGAGUUUCUGAACUUAAAAGAUGAACGAGAGAAAGGAUCUCCUUAUCAAAAAGUGGAACUGUUUUGGCCACAUGAUUUGCUUAAGGAAGGUGUUAUGAUUGUUGAUAGUCCUGGAGUUGGAGAAAACGAAGCCAUGAAUAAAUUUGUCCUGGACUACCUGUCUGAAGCCUUUUGCUUUAUCUAUGUGAUUAACAGCACCAAUGCUGGAGGAGUUCAGGAGGACAGGCUUCUUAUGUUGCUCGGCGAAGCAAAAAGUCUAAAAAAGGACGAAAGAAUGGAUGACAGGUUGUUUACCAAGUGUGCAUUAUUUGUUUCCAACAAGUGGGAUCAAAUUCCUGGCAACAAUGUCGAGCAAGUGAAGCAAAAGCAAAUUGAGAAACUUACUGAAAGGUUUGGAGACCUUAAUCCGGAGAAGCAGAUCUUUUAUCUAUCUUGCAUCAGAGCUCAGCGUGCACUAAAGUAUGGGGUCAUCACCGAGGAAUUCGAUAAACUUUUGGAUGGAAUAAGUAGUCUCGUUGUGUCCUAUAUGCAGAGUAGUCUUCAGAUCUACUUCAGGUGGCUUGAAGACCUCCUGUCUCGAACGUCCGGUCAAGUUCGCAGUCUGUUGAAAACAACGAGUAUGUCACGAAAAGAAUUAGAGAAGAAGAUAAAACGAGUGAUGGAUAGAAUGGCUGAACUGGAAAGCUCACAGGACCAACUUUUCGACGAGCUGAGUGAACAUCAAAUGCAAGUUAUCAAAGGAAUUAUUAAUGAUCUUGUCACUCAUUUCAAAUCAGACGACAUCGCCAGGAAAUUCUGUUCGUGGUACGGGCAUGAGAUCCCUGUAGUUAAACCAACGUGGGAGGAAACUAAAAGUGAAGUACUAAGGUGUAUCUCCGAAAGAGCCCGGAAGUUUGUACAGGAAUGGGAAGACGAGAAACAUCAUUUUGCCAAAAGCCAAGUUGCCCUGAUUCAUCAUUGUAUCGAGAAGUAUGACAUCAUGGAAGAAGAUCUCAGAAACGUAGAAGAAGGAGCUCUCUCUGGAAAUCCAGUGCAGGACAGACCCGACGACGCAUACUCCGGGCUACCUGCUAUUCAACCGAAAACACUUUCCAAAACACAUCCACCAGGCAAUGCUCCGGUAUGGUUCCGACAAGGUUUGGCGUCAGUGGUACUUAGUACUCCUUUUAUGGCUGCUCUGUCUAAGACAUUAAAACGGAACUUUCAAAACAAAAAGAAGCUGGAAAAUUUCAAAACUAAUCCAAAUUCAUACAUGGAGAAGAAAUCCAAGAAGUGUCUGAGGAUUAUUUCGAAUGAGGAUAGCUUGCUCCCCUUCAUAACUGAGCAGUUGGAGGAUGCUGUACAGUUCCUGGUUCAGAUUAAAGCCAAGAUUCCUCGAAUUAGAGAAGGUGAUAAAAAGUUUUAUCUACAACUGCUUACAGAUUCGAGGAACGUGUUCGAAAUCCAGGGGAUCUACCAACCCGUUAAUUCGAGUGUGGACGCAUUGAGGCGAGAAAUAGCAGUUUUCAAAAUCAGUUCCAUGAGAACAUCGGAUUUCUCAGCAGGGAAACUAAUCUGGAGCCAAGAUGAUAAAUUUAUUGUAGGAAAAGGAACGUUUUCCACAGUUUACAGUGGUGUUCUCUGGCAAGAAGGACAUCCAGAAACUAAGGUGGCGCUUAAAGUCUACAAUAGCCCUCUUAGAAGCAGCAACGUUUGGCAUUUUACCGAGGAGCAAAAAGUUCUCAGCGUUCUUAAGCAUCCGAACAUAGUGAAGUUUUUUGGAACACAUCUUCUACAAUCUCCGUUCCUAACAAAAGUAAUGAUUGUCUUAGAGCUCUGCCAGUGCUCCCUCAAAACAGACGUCAUUUCCCAUACUGAAAGUGCUCCCGCACACUCUAAAGAUGAAGUGGCGCGUAAAAAAGUGUUGCACUGGGCUCAACAGAUCAUAGAUGCCUUGAGCUAUGUCCAUCAACAAGGAUAUGUCCAUCGAGAUCUAAAACUGGACGAUUUGUUGUUGACAGCUGAUAACAAAGUAAAACUAUCUGAUGUCGGCGUUACCAAGCAGGAAAAGGAAAUAUCGGGUACGGUGUGCGGCUCUCUUCUUUACAUGGCACCAGAGGUCUUGGCUGGCGAAAUGUACGACAAAAGGGCUGAUAUGUACAGCUUCGGUGUGCUGCUUUGGGAGAUGUGGUACGCCGAGACAGCCUUUGAAAUAGAGCUCUUCACCCAGCCUUCACAAUUUCAGCUUCUAGAUCAAAUAAAAGAUGGACUUCGCCCAAGUCAUAUCAAAGGAACUCACGAACCCUUGGGCCCUUGGGGAAUGUGGAAAAAAGUCAUGGAGACGUGUUGGUUGAGCGAACCAAAAGAGCGACUGACUGCUGAGACUAGCCAGUAAGUCCUUGAAAUGAUAAAUGAGGCAUUGGCCAUCGAGCUUCCGGGAAAAAGUGAUCCAAAUACAUUGCCGAAGGAACCCCAAAGCCGAUCGACCACAGAUAGCAAUCUCAAUCUUUUGGAUUCGACCAAAGACCCCAAACCGAAACAGAAACCAAAGCCGCCAAAGACAAAGCCAAAGCCAAAACGAAAUUCGGUGUCAUUUACGAACAAAGAAGGCGAGGAAGAUUUACGUUUCCAAUAAAAUUUAACAAUGUUGUAUCGAAAGAAAAGAGCCAGGUCCAAAUUAUUCGAUUUAGCUAACUUUAGCAUCAAGGCACAAUAUUAGAUCAAGCCUUCCACUUUUAUUUUGCAAUAACUCAUAAUUUUCUUAAAGUGUAUUCUCCCUAUAGUCUAAGGGUGUUGAUGCCUUUUCUGGUUGAUAUCGUAGUUUAUCUUAAAAUUGAGUAUGGUGAAAAUUAUCUUCUGACAAUUUUGAAAUACAACAUGAAUGUAACUCAAGAAGUUUGAGUGCGAUGUUGAACAAAUCUACUCUAAGAUUCAUUUUAAUUCUGCCAUAAAAAGAGAGAGAUCACCGAAUUUGUUUUAGUUUUUCAUUCGUAUCCAUCCAAGACCAUAAUCUGCUCCAGAUUCACACACGAGAAAGAUUGACUUUGCACCGCAUAAUCAUUCGCUAUAUUGUAAUGAGGAGUCCCUCGAACGUACGAGCUUUUCGAUAUUUUUCUUUUCAGUUUAGAGGUUCAUUAAUAUUGCUACUAGGAACUGAGCAUUUGACCCCUAGAGGAAAAAUUCAAUCUGUGGUUGGUAGAUGUCAUUUUCUCGAAAUAAAUUAAGUUCCGUCUUUAUUCUUCAACUUUAUUGAAUGAAAGGAGAUUUGAGAUUGUCAAUUCAUUGAAAAGUACUCCAGCAGGUGAAUUCUUGGCAAGAAUCCAUAAAAGUCAUUUCUGGUCAAGAAUCGAACUACUGACGGAGAACAUACUUUAACCUUAGGCUUUUCGCUGCUUUAUCGCUAUCGGGCUUAGAUUUUAGUUUGAAAACAUUUCGAGGUAGAAAUACAAAAUUUUAAUUAGGUCAGACAAGAUUCCUCACGCCUAUGUAAGCUAAAUAAUUCAUUGAUACAGUCGAUUUUUAUUUUAAUACAGUGUGGCCGAAUUGGCAACUAUCUUUGUCGGAUGCUGUCACAGAACUCUAUUGUUUAGCCCAGGAGCGGAAGUUUGUGACACUUUGCAAUUAGUAAAAGCGAGAUUUUAUAUUUUAACAAAAGGCCCGUUUGGAUCAAUUCCUAAACUAUAAAUAUGCAAGUCAUAGUUUAUAAGUUAAUCAAGAGUUAAGAAAUCAAAUGUUUUGUAUUUUUACAGACCUAGGGUGUUCAUUAAUUUGAUAUAUGAAGGCGGUAGACGAUAGCGGGUUUGGAAAAUCACACGCCUUUUGUAGGCAUGUUUAUGUUUGAUUAGAUAAUAGAGAAAUAUGCUACGUAGAUGGCAUCAGGCAUUAUAAAUGUAGUGCAUUUAUCUUUUUUUGCAACAACUGAAGACUGAAUGUUUUCGUAGAUUAAUCAGUAUUGAUGUUUGUCUCUGUGGUACAUGACAAAGUUGUGUAACUGUGCCUACAUGGCAUUAAACAAUUCCAAUUGAGAGCUCCCGAGAUAUUCCAGGAAAAAAGUGGAUCGGUUACUCGACACCUAUAAAUAAAUCGAGCUUUCUUUAUGACACUGACAGCGCUGACAAAUCGCUCGUUUGGAAACCCUACAUCGACGUCAUAAAUUCUUUCUGGCACACCAACCGAGAUUUCGUCGAUCUGUUCAUUUAAUAAGCAAACAAACACCACUCAACAAUCAAAUUUAUUGAUGAAGUAUCUGUUUUAGAAGCUACUUUUUUCUACGUGUAGCCUGUUUUCUAGGAGGUGGGGGACCCCAGGCAGAUGGGGUAGUCCACCUAACCGUGGUCGACAAAUAGGCCGCGUUUCCAUGCAAUCUUACAUCCCGGGAAUUCCAUAAAAACGCAAUUCUUUUCCUCUAAAAUUUUCGCCAAUACCUCGAUGCGUUAGCCGUUUGGGACAUUACGGCAUCUUCUCUUUGGCAUAACACGUAAAUAUAGUCUUGAGCCCAAAAUAAAUGACUAAAUGGUUGUCGAGGUGUACUUGCCGAGAGGACGUAAAAGUUUGUGUUUUCACAUUUUUGUUCUCUAUAGGACGGCUAAUAAAACUACAAACUUACUUUUUUCACAAUUGUUUUGAACAUUGGAUCUUUUGUCUCGAUACGUGGUCGUUGAUGUCGCCGUCGUGGUUUUCUUAAAGUCUUUUACCCCACCUUAAGAAGUUUUCGCGGCAAAAUUGCCACCCCGGCUGACAGAGUUAACCUACACGGCACACCGGGGAAACCCGCACGAGGGAACUAUCCCACCUAUCAUGUAAAACACGGUGACCAAGAUAAAAUCAGAGAUCAUAAAGACAUGAAGACUCCUCCACCUAAACGAGUGACUUCAUCCACCUGAAAUUCCCCGCCUCAACGUAAACAGGCCCUUAUACACAACUAUCUUAAAGUGUGAACGAUUUAACAUGAACUCAGUUCUCGGCAUGAGGAACCGCCUCAAUCGACAGAGACAUUCCUGGACACGUUCGAAACAGUAUACCUUCUUUACAACUCCUCAGAAAUAACUCUUUAAGAGUAAAAAUUUGAACACGCCUGGCACAGAGAGGCUACCUGAAAAAAAAAAAACUUUACUAAAGACGCACUCUGAGGGUGCAAUACAAUCCAACAUUUACAAGAAAUCCUUACGAGCCAGGGGCAUUUAAUACAACAACAACCGUUGCUCAGAAGUAUGUUCAAAGAAGUGCCUUUAAUA